AUGCUUUUCCCCGCCUCUGCAGCUUCAGCCAGCACUUCUGCUCUUCUCUCUUUAAGGUCUUCCUUUAUCGCCUCUCGGCAAAGCCUUGCGAGCUCGGAGCUCGGGCUGGCGUAUCAGCUCAAGAGUUUCAAGAGACAGGCGCCUCCUGGUGGUUUUAAAACUCUCAGCCUUCUUCGCGCAGUCGUGAAGGUGUUCGACAAGCCGGUCAUAUUCCUCGUCGAUGUUGUCCAUUGCAGAAUCUUCCCAAAAGCCGGCCAGCGUAGCGAAGAGAUCCCAGUUGAUGGUAGUCCUGGAAUUUCUCUCUCUGAACUUGGCGGCUUUCUGUGCUCUCCUUGUGAAGGAAAAUCUUCCACGGAGGAGGCGAUGGUCCGAUCCCGUAUAGAACUUUGGUACAACACCGACGUCCGUCAGGCAGAACCUUUUAUUGACGAUGAUGUGGUCUAUUUCAUUACGGUACCCUCCACCGGGUGA